UCAAAUGAAGCUUUAACGAAUGCUGACUUUAAGAACGCCUUCGAAGCUCUUCAUAGUAAGGUGAAACUAGUGAACGACUUCUCAUCUGGAAAGAAACUGAAGUCUGAAGGUUUCGACAAAGAGUUAAAAGAAGUAGCACAAAAUAUGACGAAAAUAACAGAUGCAGCAACGAGACAGGCAGUUCAAAGUGCCUAUGACGCCGUUAGAGCAACUGUUGUGGAAAGUCAAGAAAAAGAGUUACAACAGACCAAAACAGACCUAGUAAAUGCUUUCUUAAAAACGAAAAGUCAGGUAGGACAUUAUGCUGCAGAUGGAACAUAUGUGCCAGCUGGUGGAACUUAUAUACUAGCUAGUGGAACUUAUAUACCACCAAACCCUCCAAGAGAAGCACCUGCACCAGGACUACCUAAAACAUUUACAUCGUCACAUGGACACAGACACAGGCAUGCACCAAAACCAGCACAACAACCAACACAACAACCAACAGUUCAAAAUCCAGCACAACAACAACCAGCACAACAACCAACAGUUCAAAAUCCAGCACAACAACAACAACCACAAACAGAGCAAGGACAUAAAAGAAGUAGAGAACAAGGAAACCAAGAAUUCUUAAAAAUGCUUAAGGAAGAUUAUGGUUACCCAGAUACUCUUGACUUUAGUGACAGAUAUAAAGAAGCUAUUAGAAAGUUCAAGGAAGGAAAUACUGACCCGAACCUAUUUAGCUUUAUGGUUCAGCACCAAAUGGGAUAUAAUUUCAAACCUGGAAAAUACAAGCUCGCUAAGGGAUAUGAUUUAAUAGCAUAUCAUCCAAAUGACAUGGAUGAAUUUACUCCGAGAUAUUUGGUGUCAGAGAUAAAUGAUAAUUCAACUAUCUUCAUGAAACGCGUAAAAAAUAGAGACGGAACGAAAGAAGAAAGGGUUAUGAAUGCGAAUGACUUAAAUAGGGAACUUGUUAAAAACGGUCUCGGAAUAUAUGA